AUGUCGGAGCAACGCGUCCGUGUCGGCAGCGCCAAGGAGGUGGCGCAGGGCAAGAUGAAGGAGUUCACGUUUGCCGGUGAGGGCGACGACGCCGUCAAAGUGCUCGUGUCCAACGUCAAGGGCCAGCUGCACGCGACGUCGUCCAAGUGCACCCACUACGGUGCUCCGCUGGCCAACGGUGUGCUGACAGGCGACGGCCGCAUCAUCUGCCCCUGGCACGGCGCUUGCUUCCACGCCAAGAAUGGCGAGAUCGAGGACGCACCUGCGCUCGACAGCCUGCUCAGCCUCAAGCUCGAGGUCGAGGGCGACGAUCUCUUUGUCACGGCCGACCCGGAGAAGCUCAAGGGCAAGCCCGGCGUAGCCCCCAGCUGCAAGGGUGGUGUGAAGAGCAUCGCCAAGGGCAAGGGUGUCGUCGUGGUCGGUGGCGGUGCCGGAGCCAUCAACUGCGUCGAGGAGCUGCGAAAGAGCGGCUUCCAAGGCGCCAUCACCAUUGUGUCGAACGAGCAGGCCAUCAUCGACCGUACCAAGCUUAGCAAGGCGCUCAUUGCCGAUGCCGACAAGGUGACUUGGCGCAGCAAGGCGCACCUCGACAACGUGCUCGGCGUCCAGCUCGAGAACGCCACCGUCACCGCCGUCGAUGCCAAAGCCAAGUCGGUGACGCUCGACAACGGCCGCAAGCUCGAGUACGAGAAGCUGGUGCUGGCUACCGGUGGCACGCCCAAGCGCAUUCCUAUCCCUGGCGCUGACCUGCCCAACGUGCUGGUGCUCAGGCAGAUCAGCGACACCAAGGCGAUCAACGAGGCGGUUGGCAACGAGGACGGCGAGGCGUCCAACAAGAAGAACGUCGUCGUGAUCGGAUCGAGCUUCAUCGGCAUGGAGGCGGCGAUCGCACUGACCAAGCGCGCCAACGUCUCGGUGGUCGGCAUGGAAAAGGUGCCGUUCGAGCGAGUGCUUGGCGAGCAGGUGGGUGGCGGUCUCAUGAAGGCUCAGAUCAAGAACGGCCUCAAGUUCUACAUGGAGGCUGGCGUCUCGCGCAUCGACGGCGAGAGCGGCUCGGGCCCCAAGGCGGUGGUGAUCAAGAACAGCGAGGGCAAGGAGGAGUCGCUGCCCGCCGACGUGGUCAUUCUCGGCGUUGGUGUUGCGCCUGUCACCGACUUCCUCAAGGAGUCGGGCUUCCAGCUCGAGAAGGACGGCGGCAUCGCAGUCGACUCGAAGCUGCGUGUUGAGGGUCACCGCGACAUCUUUGCGAUUGGCGAUAUCGCGGCAGCACCUACGCGCGCCUCGCCGCACAGCCGCAUUGAGCACUGGAACGUCGCCUCCAACCAGGGCCGCGCAGUCGCGAAGACGCUCGCCGGCACUGAGACCGAUUACGACAAGGUGGCCAUCUUCUGGUCGGCGCUCGGCUCACAGCUGCGCUACUGCGGCAGUGGCGGUCCGCAAUUCGACACGGUCCACGUCAACGGCAAGCCCGAGGAGCUCAAGUUUUCCGCUUACUACGCCAAGGGCGACGAGGUGGUGGCUGUGGCCACCAUGGGCGUCGACCCGCUCAUGGUGCAGUGCAGCGAGCUGCUGCGCAUCGGCGCCAUGCCUUCGCUCUCGGACAUCAAGAACGGCAAGGACCCGCUCUCGCUUGACCUCUCGGCUAAGAUGUAG